AAAAAACCCUCUUUUUCAAAAUUUCCCUUCACGUAGCACGUAAACAAAAACAAACCACGGAAGUCAGAAAAUUGUAACUUGCACAAGCGAACGAAAUAUUUUUUCAGUCUAUUUUACAGCGUAAUACCUUCCAAAGAAUAUUGUAGGUAUUUAGCACCCGAACCGAAAAUCAACCAUGCAGGAAUCCGACGUUCACAUCGAUGUGAGCGGUGAUAUGGAACCACCGAAGCAGGAGUCGCGAUCAAGCUUCAAUAUAUCCGCCUUUACCAGUUUCGCCCGAAUCCCAAGCUUGUGGGAUCUGCUUCGUCUCACCAGGCAGAAUGUUCGCCCUUGGUCAGAGUUUUUGCAGACAGCCAAUUUUAAAACCGUGGCCAAUAUCCCACGGCUCACCAAUCGGAUCAUACGCAACUUGGGUUACUUUCAGAGUAACUAUCUGUUUGUGUUCCUUGGGUUGAUUGUCUACUGUUUAUUGACAUCCCCGCUGAUCCUGAUCGUCCUGGGAGCCGUGUUUUACGCGUGCUACAAAAUUAAACAAGCCAACGCCCCGGUUGCCUUUUUCGCACGGCAGCUGAACACCAACCAGCAGUGUAUUGCGGUAAAUAUUGCAGCGAUUCCGCUGCUCUACCUAGCAGGAGCUGGAGCAGUUAUGUUUUGGGUUCUCGGCGCAUCGUUUUUCGUGAUAUCGCUUCAUGCGGCCUUCUACAAUAUCGAUGCGAUCGUCACCGAAGACACGGAAACGUUCCUCACAGAGACGGUUUAAUUGGGAAACGAGGGGGUGGGCGAAGUAUUUUUUUGUAUUCUCGUAAGUGGUCAUAUAUGUUACGACACGAGCGUAUAUUUAUUUAUGAAGCUAUCGUCUUCUACACGUUCGAGUGUUUAAAUUAGGAAGUCAAAUUCUCGCAUACUUAUUGAAAUGGUGCUAUGCUGUCCAUAAUCGCAUAUUUGUCCCAUGAUCUAUCUACAUUGGACUUGCGAUUAAAGGCUGAAUGUGCAAACGCGAGCUUCUCUGCUUCCUUUUUCGAUUAUUACGGCGCAAUUUCCAAUAUUUUUCCGGUACAUAUCGGAAGGCUAUGAUUCCGACUAGCAUAUUAUGCAAAGAGUUGAACAGUACAUUUACGACCGAGUUAUUAGUGGAAGAGAAAGUAAUAGAAGUGUGGCAUUCAUCUACAUAUAGGACCAUUUCAAUAAGGUUGCAAUUUCAAAUUUUCCUAAUCACUGUUUUGUUUGUUACAGAAUUAAGCAAUCUAUUUUUUAAUUUGAUGUAUUGUAAAUUUGACUCCCCCGAAAUAACUUUCGUUCACGAAAUCAUUAGCAACAACAUUUCUCAGCUGUAAAUGUAGUCCACUACUCACCACGACAAUUUUAAUAUCAAAACAAUUUUGCUAUUUAACAUCACUUGGUACCAGGUACGCAAGCUUAUUCGUGAUAUAAUAAACAUAUUUCUAUUGA